AUGUCCUGCCGCUCCUACCGGAUCACCCCGGGAUGUGGGGUCACCAGGACCUUCAGCUCCUGCUCGGCUGUGGCCCCCAAAACCGGCAAUCGCUGCUGCAUCACCGCCGCACCUUAUAAGGGGGUAUCCUGCUACCGGGGGCUGACCGGGGGCUUCGGUAGCCGCAGCCUCUCUCACCUGGGUGCCUGCGGGCCCCGCAUGGCGGUAGGCGGCUUCCGCUCCGGCUCCUGCGGACGCAGCUUCGGAUACCGCUCAGGCGGCGUGUGCGGGCCCAGCCCGCCCUGCAUCACCACCGUGUCCGUCAAUGAGAGCCUCCUCACGCCCCUCAACCUGGAGAUCGACCCCGAUGCGCAGUGCAUCAAGCAUGAGGAGAAGGAGCAGAUCAAGUGUCUCAACAACAGGUUCGCUGCCUUCAUCGACAAGGUGCGCUUCCUGGAGCAGCAGAAUAAGCUGCUGGAGACCAAGUGGCAGUACUACCAGAACCAGCGCUGCUGUGAGAGCAACCUGGAGCCGCUGUUCAAUGGUUACAUCGAGACGCUGAGGCGGGAGGCCGAGUGUGUGGAGGCCGACAGCGGGAGGCUGGCCUCGGAGCUCAACCACGUGCAGGAGGUGCUGGAGGGCUACAAGAAGAAGUAUGAAGAGGAGGUGGCCCUGAGAGCCACCGCAGAGAACGAGUUCGUGGUUCUAAAGAAGGACGUGGAUUGCGCGUACCUGCGGAAAUCGGACCUGGAGGCGAACGUGGAGGCCCUGGUGGAGGAGUCCAGCUUCCUGAAGCGCCUCUAUGACGAGGAGCUCCAGAUUCUCCAUGCCCACAUCUCAGACACCUCGGUCAUCGUGAAGAUGGACAACAGCCGGGACCUGAACAUGGACUGCGUCGUGGCUGAGAUCAAGGCCCAGUAUGAUGACGUCGCCAGUCGCAGCCGAGCCGAGGCCGAGUCCUGGUACCGCAGCAAGUGCGAGGAGAUGAAGGCCACGGUGAUCCGUCAUGGGGAGACCCUGCGCCGCACCAAGGAGGAGAUGAACGAGCUGAACCGCAUGAUCCAGAGGCUGACCGCCGAGAUUGAGAACGCCAAGUGCCAGAGGGCCAAGCUGGAGGCCGCCGUGGCAGAAGCAGAGCAACAGGGCGAAGCAGCCAUCAGCGAUGCCCGCUGCAAGCUGGCCGAGCUGGAGGCCGCCCUGCAGAAGGCCAAGCAGGACAUGGCCUGCCUGCUCAAGGAGUACCAGGAGGUGAUGAACUCCAAGCUGGGCCUGGACAUCGAGAUCGCCACCUACAGGCGCCUGCUGGAGGGCGAGGAGCACAGGCUGUGUGAAGGUGUGGGCGCUGUGAAUGUUUGCGUCAGCAGCUCCCGCGGCGGAGUCACCUGUGGGGGCCUCACGUGUAGCACCACCCCGGGACGCCAGAUUGUCUCCGGGCCCAUGGCCACCGGGGGCAGCAUCACGGUGAUGGCGCCUGAUUCCUGCGCCCCCUGCCAGCCGCGCCCCUCCAGCUUCAGUUGCGGGAGCAGCCGGUCUGUCCGCUUUGCAUAG